AGUGAGUGACUGCAACCUCUCAGAGAGAAGCUGUGAAGUUCUGUCCUCAGUUCUCACCGCCCCAUCCUCUACUCUUAGAGAGCUGGACAUGAGUAAUAACAUCUUGAUGGAUUCUGGCGUAAAGCUUCUGUGUAGGGAACUGAAGAGUCCACACUGUCAACUGGAAAAACUCAGACUAAGUGGCUGUGACCUCUCAGAGAGAAGCUGUGAAUGUCUGUCCUCAGUUCUCAGCACCCAGUCCUCUUGUCUAAAAGCACUGGACCUGAGUAACAACAACUUGCAAGAUUCAGGUUUAGAGCUACUGUGUUCCAGCUCACUUUAUGAACUCAAAAGUCUCAGACUCGGCAACUGUAACCUCUCAGAAAAGAGCUGUGAAAUUUUGUCAUCAGUUCUAAGUUCCCAGUCCUGUAGUCUACGGGAGCUGGACCUGAGUAACAAUGACUUGAAGGACUCGGGACUGAAGGUGCUAUCUGUUGGAGUGGGAAAUCAACAACUAGAGAAACUCAGUCUAUCAGGCUGUUUGAUCACAGAGGAAGGCUGUGAUUCUCUGGCCUCAGCUUUGAGUUCCAACCCUUCCCAUCUGAAAGAGCUGGACCUGAGUUACAAUCAUCCAGGAGAGGCAGGAGUGAAGCUGAAAAGGCUACUGAGACAGGUCACGGUCAGGGUGGAGCCUGCUGGAGUCCGAUGGUUGAGACCAGGUCUGAGGAAAUAUUCCUGUCAACUCACAAUCGACACAAACACAGUAAAUAAAAACCUCAAACUGUCUAACAACAACAGGAAGGUGACAUGUGUGGAGGACGAUCAGUCAUAUCCUGAUCAUCCAGACAGAUUUGACCGCUUUCAGCUGCUGUGUAGAAAUGGUCUGACUGCUCGCUGUUACUGGGAGGUCGAGUGGAGAGGAGAGGUUGAUAUAUCAGUGAGUCACAGAAGAAUCAGAAGGAAAGGAGAGAGUGACUGUGUCUUUGGAUGCAAUGAUCAGUCCUGGAGUCUGAGAUGCUCUGAUGAUCCUGGUCGUCACACUUUCUUUCACAAUAAUAGAGAAACAUCUUCUUCCUUCUCUUCCUCUGAUUCUCAUAGAGUAGCAGUGUAUGUGGAUCAUCCUGCUGGCACUCUGUCCUUCUACAGAGUCUCCUCUGAAACGCUGAUCCACCUCCAUACCUUCAGCACCACGUUCACUGGACCUCUUUAUGCUGGAUUUGGAGUGUGGUUCUUUCAUUCCUCAGUGACAAUGUGUUCAAUUUAGUAUACAAAUCACCAGGGCUGUGCAAUAUGACCAAAAUCUCAUAUCCCGAUAUAAGACAUUUAUCAUCAUGACAACGCUAUAAAUCACAAAAAUGUAACAUUUUCUGUAAAUUCUGUGAAUCUCGGGCAGCUCAACUUGCGUGAAGCUUUUCUAGCUGGGAGCCAUGUACCUGGAGUCGAGUGUUUUGACCGAUGCCUGAAACUGUACAUUUUUUAGACAUAAGUUGUAACGGCUGCCGUUUUCUUUGUGAGUACUUAUUACAUGGCAAGCUGCAGGAAAAAGCCUAUUUUAAUAUUUGAGUCUAAGGUUUAUUUUGAGCACCUGACAGCUCUUUUUUGCUUCUCAUCCGUAAACUGUCUUGUCCACGCUACAGAGGUAUCCCCACUAUAGUGACCAUGAAAAUGAUGAAAAAAUAUUGCCAUAAACAGUUUAUUUUGUGACACCACGAAACAAAUGAUAGCGUAAAAUGAAACGAUUGACAUUUUUAUAUCGUCAUCCGAUAUAUAUCAUUAUAUCGAAAAGCCCUACAAAUCACCUUCUGUAAGAGAAACAGUGUUUGUAUUUACACUGUCAGUAGAAGUACUAAUUUGACAUUUCGAUUGUGCCAAACCUCAACAACACAGUGAAUAUCUUGAUUUGACCUGUGUUGUAGUUUUGUGUCAUAGGUUUCAUAAUGACAACAGUGUGGAGAGUUGAGUUUAACUAGACAUUGUUAAUAUCAGCAGUGGCCGUCAAAAGGGCGGGAGUCUGCCGUGCUGCUUUUAUAAAUCAACAUCCUAUUGUAUUUUCCUCAUUUCACAAACACACUCUUGUGAAUGCCAAGUGGUAGAUGUCCUACUCUACUGAGUGAGCUACACCACAUGUUUGAAUGUCACCACACCAGGUGCUAUUCAAACAUGUGUCCGUGUAUCAGGGUUUGUGCUGUUUAAAGUUGGGUUGGAAAAAGUCUUAUAAAAUGCUUGAAAUGGUAAUUUAAAUUAUCUCACAAUAACUGUCAGUAUGAGUGUACAAUUUGAUGAUUAGAUGGUGUGAGAUUAUUAUACUAUUACAGUGG